CCCAUUUUGGGAUAAUUGGUUCCGAGAUUCACUCUCCAUUUUCUGCAGUACUUUGGUUAAACUUCAGACUCAAAAACGAGGUUUCUCUCUGCAGGCAGCAUAGACCAGAGACCGGACCAGUCUUCUUCUUCAGGGGAAAUAAAAUGACAUCAUCGAAAUCACCAAACGGUAUAAAUUGUUGGAUUAGAAGGCAACAUUGUCCAUGUGGAGAACGAAAAUGUUACAUUCGACUUGAAGAAGAGAAAAACGAAGAAAUUUUAUCUGAUUUUAGUAAUGUAAAUUUAGCUCCACCUUAUAUAGGACAGAAGUUUAGAACUGACGACGAUGCGUUUGAAUACUACACUAAUUUUGCUAAGAGAAAUGGGUUUGCAAUUAGGAGAGAAAGCUCAAAGAGCAAUGUAGAUGUUGGGGUGUAUAUUAGAUUGUUAGUUUGUUAUCGAUCAGGUUCUUUACGUAUUAGAAGAUCAGCUAAACCAGAUAGUCAAAGAGGUCGUAAAUCAUCUGUAUGCGGUUGUAUGGCUAGAAUGUACAUUGUGAAGGAGGUGUUUGGGGGGAUACCACAAUGGUGCGUUAAGAAAUUUAGCAAUUCACAUAAUCAUGAACUGUUACAAGAUGACCAAGUGCGUUUACUUCCAGCAUACCGUAAGAUUCCGGAUGUGUAUCAAGAACGUAUCUUUUUGCUCUCUAGAUAUGGGUGUUCAGUGAGUCAUAUAAUGAAGGUGAUGCAAUCUGAAAUGGGAAAAGAAUCAGGACAGUUGCCGUUUUUAGAUAGGGAUGUCAGAAACUUUCUUCAAUCUUCUAAGAAGAUUGAUCGAGAAAAUGAUUUAUCGGAGCUGCUUAAUAUGUGCAAGGCUGCCAAAGUAAAGGAUGUGAAUUUUCUGUAUGAUUUUACUAUGGACGAUAAUGCUAAGGUUAGCAGUAUCGCGUGGUCAUAUGGAGAUUCGUUUCGUGCUUAUAAGGUGUUUGGCGAUUUAGUUGUUUGUGACGCCACGUAUCAUGAGAUCACCUAUGACAGACUCCUUGUGGUAUGGAUGGGCGUAGACAAUCAUGGGAAAACUAUAUUGUUCGGCUGCGCACUGUUACGAGAUGAAACAUCUCGUUCAUUCAAAUGGGCUUUACAGGCUUUUCUUCGAUUCAUGCAAGGAAGGUUUCCGCCGGUAAUUGUUACAGAUGUAGAUUUGGGGCUGAAAGAGGCUAUCUCAAGUGUAUUGCCAAAUACCAAACAUGUUUUUGGCUUAUGGCAUAUUGUUUCAAAACUGCCAAGUUGGUUUUCUUAUCCACUUGGACCAAGAUAUGAUGAAUUCAAAUCUGAGUUCCAUAGGUUGUAUGGUUUGGUAAGUAGAAAGGAUUUUGAAUCGCAGUGGAAUCAAAUGCUUACUCAUUUUGGAUUUGUCUCUAAUAAACAUGUGUCUUUACUUUUUUCACACCGUACAUCAUGGGCUUUACCCUAUGUAAGAGGUUAUUUUCUUGCUCAAAUGACAAGAACAGAUUUUUCUAAAUCCAUUGAUGCACUCUUGAAAGGAAUCUUGAGUGCACAAACAUCACUGGAGAGCUUCUUUGAGCAGGUUGGUAUUGCCGCAAACUAUGUCAGACGAAGAGAGGAAAAGGAAACUGGACAGAUUCUUAUCAAGACUUCGAUGCCAAUUGAAGAACAUGCAUCAAGCAUUCUUACACCGUAUGCCUUCAGAUUGCUGCAAACCGAAGUUGUUCUAUCUAUGCAGUGUGCAGCAUUUGAAACUUCCAAUGGUGUGUAUCUUGUGCGGCAUCACAAAAAUGUCGAUGAAGGUUGUCUUGUGAGUUGGAUACCGAAAGAUGAAAAGGUUAACUGCAGUUGCAAGGAAUUUGAAUUAUCAGGAGUCUUAUGCAGACAUGCUCUAAAAGUACUUGCUCUGAAAAACUAUUUCCAUGUUCCGGAGAAAUAUCUGCCAUUUAGGUGGCGCUAUGAAAGUUCUAUACUCGAAGCCAACUCUGAAGACUGGUCUCAGACAUUUCAUUCCCUUACAUCAACUUUAUAUUCAGAAUCAUCAAUAACAAAGGAGCGUAUCAGUUAUGUUCAUGAAGAACUUUCGAGGGUUCUUAACUAUGUAAGAACAAUGCCAGCCAGUGAUGAAGUUCCACUUAGUUUGGAGUGUCAACACAUGAAUACUGUAGUGGAUGAUGAUUCCAGUUGUAGUGGUUGCACCUCCACUGGGAAUCCUUUUCAAUCAGCAACCGACGAGCAACCACUAAAGAUAACCACUGUAAGCUACUAAUGAAGUUGUCAUUGAUAAGAAAGAAAACAAGAGGUUCAAUAUUAUUUGGUUUUGUUGGUAUCUGUACAUAACCGUACAUCUUCAUUUCAUACUUUUUUUGCUUAUAUGUUGAAGAGGCUGAAACAGUGGUCUGUUGUAUCUUGUUUCUGACAGAGAAAAAAAAUGAACUGUUUUGAUGUAUUGGUAAAUUUCAAUUUCUUACAGCUCUCUUUCUGGAUAUUUAACUGUUGCUGGAUUUCAACAAAAUUCAAUUGUGCUCCCGUGUAACUUGUAUGACAUUUUUCUGAAUUUGGCAACUUCAAAGAUGUACGAAUGGAAUUAACCAUAUCUGUGAUAUCUGUAAGACUGUAACAAG